AUGAUUACUAUGUGGGAUGGGUUUUCCAACUCGUUUUGGACUAGAGAUUAUAUUACCGGUGUCAAAAGUGCUCAGGAGUUAAUCAACCAAGGCAUUGAGCAAAAUAAAAGCCUACUUUUUUUAUUGCAAACAAAGUCGAAGGCACUGAUCGCAUGCUCCGAUAUUUUGGCCAAAGCAUGUGCUAAACACGAUAAACAAUAUCCUUUUAGUCAUGAGACAAACAUCCUCUUGACUACUGCAGCUAUUAACGAAUUAAGAGAAGAUUACUUUUGCGAAGCAAGCUUGCAGAAAAAGUGGAGUGAGCAAUUAGAAGCUUUAGUGAUUAGUCCUUUCGAAAAAUGGAACAAGACGUAUACAAAGCGAGUUGGCUCGUUACUUGCGACUAUUCAAGUCAAAGUCGAUAACUACAAUUCACGCUUAGUACAUGUGCAAAGGUUGAAAUCUUCCAUGGUAAACCCAAAACAGCGCGGGCACAGAAAAUCAAGCUCUUUGAGCUCUAUCAGUACAUCAACAAGAAGCAGCAAUACAAGGAUCGAAUCUGACAUACCUUACAUUUUAGCUGGCAAAAGUUAUUCUAAUGAUGAGUUUUCUAAGCUUUUAUCAAGUUUGAAAGAAUCGAUCAACAAAGUAAGCAAUAACAAUCCCGCCGAACAUGCGACGCAUGGAACAAACUUUCAAAAAGCAUUGUCAUAUACUCUUCCAGGUUUAGACAAGCCAAAGCUGGAACAAAUCACUGACGAUCUAGCUGCUCUUGAUAUUGUUAAUGUACGAGAAGGACUGGACCAACCAACAAACGCAUCAAGUUCGAAUGUUCACUUGACACAAAAAGCUUUUAACCUCAUAAACGCGGUUCAGGUAGACUCUCUCGAUAGCUCUUCCUAUUUCACUACGCCAAAUGAACAAAAACAACAUUCUAUUCCGAGUGUUUUUGAUAAAUAUAAUCUGGCGUUUAGUAAUUUGGAACAAUCAAGAAUCGAGCUAGAGCAAUAUUUGUUUACAUAUUAUAAGGCACUUGAAAAGUGCGAACUUGACAGACUCUCGGCGGUCGAAACCAUUUUCACAGACAAUUCUCAAUGUUUUUCCGGAUUCAUAUCUGGUUUGGAAAACGUUGUCUCGAAUCAAAAUAAAACGACACGUUCUCUAGAUAAACUACAAGAUCUUUCUAAUCAAGUCAAACGUUAUUACACUGGUUACUUUACGUCUAUCUCGAAUGCAGAUUUGUUCUUACAAAAUGCAUAUGAAUCCCCUGGUAAAUCAAAUUCUUCUAUUGAUACACAGAUAUCCAGAAUAGUGCCAGAAGUUUUGACCUAUUUAAUAGAUGGAUACUCUUAUAUAAAAGACUUUGAUGGUAUAGAAUUUCAUUAUAAUUUCAUUACUAACAGUUUAGCUCUAUACACAAUUUGGACAAAAGAGGUCCCUUUAAAGAAAGCCUAUGAAUUGAAGUUAAUAUUGCUGAGCGCAAUCGUCGAUCUCGUUCCAGUAUUGGAAAAGUAUCCUUUGCAUAUUAUCGCUUUCUCAUUAAAACUUUGUUUACUGGAAAUGUCAGAUUCUCUUAUUCGUUCCAGCUUCUAUGACUAUUUCAAUGCCCUUUAUUUAACUUAUACUGAAGAUAAAGAUAUAGAGCAUCGGGUUUAUUCUAUUCGCCAAUGCUUACUGCACCUCCAUAGUACUCAAUUGAGGCUACUUGAAGACAUUAUAUCUCACUUCCAUUUCUUCGCUGAUUCUGCUCAAUUUUCUAGAGAUGAUUUGUACAGAAUUGCCAAAAUAAUUUCGCCAUGUAAGUUAUAUCCGACGAACUUGGAUCUAAUGCUUUUAGGUAUAUUAAGACCUCCCAAAAAUGUGAACCAAAUUUCAAUUGAGGAUACGCAUCCCAUUUCAUUAGUUGUAGAUCUGAUACAAGAGUUUAGACAAAUAUUCGGAAACCUUGAACGUUCCGUGACACCUCCUAUAGAAAUGGAACGAGCACUGACCCCCAUUAAUACCUCCCCGACUAAACUAAAAUCUUCUCGGUCUUCAUCCCCCAUCAAAAUGCCCUCACCGACCAAACUUUUUCGUCCAUUUAGUUAA